AUGGUUUAUUUCACCCUUACCUGGCUCUGGGUUCACCUGACGAUCCUCUCGUACCAAACUACUGCCCGACCAGCACAAAAUGGCCGAUUCAUAGCCAUCUUCCAACAACGUUCCAUGCGCCAAAAGCCUCCUCUACACACAACCCCCGAAGCCCGCCUCUUUGACGCAGCACUCGCAAAACAAGAGCUCCGCUCCCUCCUUUCCAAGUACGAACAAGCCGCAAAGGUCCUCGCAGGAGUGGGGUUAAGUCCCAACGGACCACCGGACAUCUCCCACACCUUUCCAGUCAACCCCCUCAGCAACGUUCUCCGCCCUCAUCCCGGCUCCGAUUCCUCAAAAGUAUAUGCGGACGAUGUUCCUCUCAUCCCACCGAUCCUAACUGAAACAACCGCCGUCUUACCCCUCAUCGACGACAUUGACGGGACACUCGACGUUUUAUACUACGGUCCUCUGGACUUCGGUACGCCUCCGCAGAGGUUGACUGUGGAUAUCGAUACCGGUUCUGCGGAUCUUUGGAUACCAGGGGACGAAUGUAGGGAAUGCACCAAUAAACAGUUUGUCCCUUCCCGAAGCACGACAUUCAACUCAUCUCAAAGCGAGUCAUUCCAAAUAUCAUACGGCUCAGGCGACGUAGUAGGCACAGUGGUAACAGACGUCGUCUCAAUCCAAGGUCUCAAAAUAGAAGACCAAACCUUUGCACUCAUCACCUCCGAGUCACUCGACUUUACUGGAUAUCCCAACGAUGGCCUUCUAGGACUCGCAUUCGGGACCAUCUCACAAACCAACAAACCCACCUUUUUCGAGAACUUGAUUAGGAGGAAACAUGUGGGACUUCCAUUGUUUUCGAUCCAUUUGGCUAGGAAUCAGCAAAGUGGAUCCGAGGUGUGCUUCGGGUGCUACGACGGUUCUAAAGCCGUAGGGCCAAUAUCAUGGCUACCGGUUGUCUCGAAAACAUACUGGACCCUGUCACUCGACAAUAUCGCCGUCAAUUCCGAGGGCAACUCGAUCGCAACCCAAUUGGUCGCUGCGAUCGACACGGGGACAACACUCAUUUACCUCCCUGAUGACAUUGCCCUGAACUUUUAUAAACUGGUAGGGUGCUUCGUGAAAGACUUCGGACUAUACUGA